AGGGUGUGAAGGCGGAGCUAACUAGUGAAACCGCGUCACCCAGAAGUUUCAACUUCUUGCUCUCACUAGCGUUCGUAAGACUCUGGGGAGGUGGCACGGGAAGGGUGAUCGCCCAUUCAAUGGAAUGCAGAUGUCCCUUUAAGGUUUGCCUCUCUCUCAGUGGACUUUAGCCUAAACACGGACUGGAAGCUUGCUUUAUUUGUACAUGAGCACAGACUCUGGGAAUCAGCCAGUUGCAAUUUCAAAGACCGAGAAAGAAAAGGGAGGGGCGAUGUGGCAAUUCAUCUUGGAUGUGAAAAGUGUGGAGAGGACUUAGAGGCAUUUGCCGAAAACACAGGAAAUCACCCCUCGGCGGCUGCUGCCACUGCUGCUGCUGCUGCUGCCACUGCUGCUGCCUCCGCUGCUUGGAGAGCUGGCGGAGAAGCUCAAAGGCAGCGAGCGCUCCGGCCACAGUUCGCUCAGGGCAGACUGCAACGCGUCCCAACUGAGACUCGGAGCCCUAGGGAGCCUGCCCUGCCUCUCUUGCCCUUGCCAAGCUGGUCAUGGCCCGCCAGCGCUGCAUCAGCCCAGGUGUCGCUGUCGCAUGCUGGUUGCUUACCGUGGUCUUGGACUUCUGUGUACCCUUCAACGUGGAUGUGAAAAAUGCAAUGACCUUCAGUGGCCCAGUGGAGGACAUGUUUGGAUACACAGUUCAACAAUAUGAAAAUGAAGAAGGCAAAUGGGUGCUUAUUGGUUCCCCACUGGUUGGUCAACCCAAGAACAGAACUGGUGAUGUUUAUAAGUGUCCAGUAGGGCGAGGAGAGUCAUUGCCAUGCAUAAAAUUGGAUCUCCCAGUUUAUACGUCAAUUCCGAAUGUCACGGAAGUAAAGGAGAACAUGACGUUUGGAUCUACUUUAGUCACUAACCCAAAAGGCGGGUUUCUGGCUUGUGGGCCUUUGUAUGCUUACAGAUGUGGACAUUCACAUUAUACAACUGGCAUCUGUUCAGAUGUUGAUUCCAAAUUUCAGGUUGUGAACUCCAUUGCACCAUCUGUUCAAGGAUGCAGUACCCAACUGGACAUUGUCAUAGUGCUGGAUGGUUCUAACAGUAUUUACCCCUGGACAAGUGUUAUAGAUUUUUUAAACAGUUUACUUGGGAAAAUGGACAUUGGUCCCAAGCAGACACAGGUUGGAAUUGUACAGUAUAGUGAAAAUGUGACCCAUGAAUUUAAUCUCAAUAAGUAUACAACAACUGAAGAAGUGCUCAAUGCAGCUAACCAGAUAGAGCAGAGGCAAGGGCGCCAAACAAUGACGGCUCUGGGAAUAGAUACAGCAAGAAAAGAGGCCUUCACUAAAGCCAGGGGUGCUCGAAGUGGGGUUAAGAAAGUCAUGGUGAUUGUGACUGAUGGAGAAUCCCACGACAACCAUCGGCUGAAUAAAGUCAUCCAGGACUGUGAAGAUGAAGACAUCCAGAGAUUUGCCAUAGCUAUUCUUGGCCACUAUAACCGAGGGAAUUUGAGCACUGAGAAAUUUGUGGAAGAAAUAAAAUCAAUUGCAAGUGAGCCUACUGAAAAGCAUUUCUUCAAUGUCUCUGAUGAAUUUGCACUAGUCACCAUUGCUGAAGGCUUGGGAGAAAGAAUAUUUGCCUUGGAAGCCACGACUGACUUGUCAGCAGCCUCAUUUGAGAUGGAAAUGUCCCAGACUGGCUUUAGUGCUCAUUAUUCACAGGACUGGGUUAUGCUUGGAGCUGUAGGAGCCUAUGACUGGAACGGAACAGUAGUCAUGCAGAAAGACAGCCAAAUUAUAAUCCCAUCAAAUGACUCCUUUAAUGUUGAGUCUACUAAGAAAAAUGAACCACUUGCUUCCUAUUUAGGUUAUAUGGUCAACUCUGCUACUACUCCUGGAGAUGUGAUCUACAUUGCUGGGCAGCCCCGCUAUAAUCACACAGGUCAAGUCAUUACCUAUACGAUGGAAAGCCAAGAAAUCAAGAUUCUCCAAACCCUCAGUGGAGAACAAAUUGGUUCCUACUUUGGCAGUGUUUUAACAACAAUUGAUGUUGAUAAAGACUCCUUCACUGACAUCCUUCUGGUUGGUGCUCCCAUGUAUAUGGGAACAGAGAAAGAGGAACAAGGAAAAGUGUAUGUGUACACUUUAAAUCAGACAAGGUUUGAAUAUCAGAUGAGCCUGGAGCCUAUUAAGCAAACUUGCUGUUCGUCCCUGAAGCACGAUUCUUGCAAGAAGAAAAACAAAAAUGAGCCAUGUGGGGCUCGUUUUGGAACAGCUAUUGCUUCUGUGAAGGACCUCAACCUUGACGGAUUUAAUGAUGUAGUGAUUGGCGCUCCUUUAGAAGAUGAUCAUGGAGGGGCCGUGUACAUUUAUCAUGGAAGUGGCAGGACCAUAAAGAAAGAAUAUGCACAACGUAUUCCAUCAGGUGGAGAUGGAGAAACACUGAAAUUUUUUGGCCAGUCUAUACAUGGAGAAAUGGAUUUAAAUGGAGAUGGACUGACUGAUGUGACCAUCGGAGGCCUUGGUGGUGCUGCCCUCUUCUGGUCUCGAGAUGUAGCUGAAGUUAAAGUUACCAUGACUUUUGCACCCAAUAAAGUAAACAUUCAAAAGAAAAACUGCAAGAUGGAAGGGAAGGAAACCGUAUGCAUAAAUGCUACCAUGUGUUUUAAUGUCAAACUAAAGUCAAAAGAAGACACAAUUUAUGCAGCUGAUCUACAAUACCGAGUUACAUUAGACUCAGUAAGACAGAUAUCACGAAGUUUCUUCUCUGGAACGCAAGAAAGAAAGAUUCAAAAAAACAUCACAGUCCAUGGAUCAGAAUGUACUAAACAUUACUUCUACAUGUUGGAUAAGCAUGACUUUCGGGAUUCAGUGAAGGUAUCAUUGGAUUUUAAUCUUUCAGAUCCAGAAAAUGGGCCUGUGCUUGAUGGUGAUCUGCCUAACUCAGUACAUGAAUAUAUUCCCUUUGCAAAAGAUUGUGGAAACAAGGAAAAAUGCAUCUCAGAUCUGGCCCUGACUGCAACAACAACAGGAAAAGACUUACUCAUUGUUAAGUCCCACAGUGAUAAAUUCAACGUGAGCCUGACCAUCAGGAAUAAAAAGGACAGUGCCUACAAUACCAGAGCCAUUGUCCAGGCCUCUCCAAAUGUCAUUUUUUCGGGAAUUGAGGGUAUUCAAAAAGACAGCUGUGAAUCCAAUCAGAAUAUCACAUGUAAAGUUGGCUAUCCUUUCCUAAAAAGAGGAGAAGAGAUAUCUUUCAAAAUAUUAUUUCAGUUCAAUACAUCCUAUCUUAUGGAAACUGUGGCCAUUCACAUAAGUGUAACAAGUGAUAGUGAAGAACCUCUGGAGACCCUUUCUGAUAAUGAAAUGGGUAUUUCUAUUCCAGUAAAAUAUGAAGCUGGACUCCAGUUUUCCAGCUCCGCAAGUGAAUAUCACAUUUCAAUUUCGGCCAACGAUACAGUUCCUGACGUUAUUAAUUCUACCAGUGACAUUGGAAAUGAAAUCAACGUUUUCUACUUGAUACGAAAAAGUGGACAUAUCCCCAUGCCAGAGCUUAAGCUGAAAAUUUCAUUCCCCAACUUAACAUCAGAUGAAUAUCCUGUACUCUACCUCAUUGGAUGGUCAUCUUCUGAUAAUGUAAACUGCAGACCAACUAGCCUUCAAGAUCCUUUCAACAUCAACUUUGGAAAGAAAAUGGUACCAAAAUCUGGAGAACUCAAGCGAGGCACCAUUUUGAACUGCAAUACCUGCAAAUCUGCAACCAUUAUUUGUAAUCUGAUCCCUUCUGAUGUAAGUCAAGUAAAUGUAACAUUCCUCUUGUGGAAGUCAACAUUCAUAAAAGCAAGUUUUUCCAGUUUAAACCUUACUGUAAAGGCAGAACUUCAUAGUGAAAACUCAUCACUGGUGUUAAGUAGUGUUAAUCAGAAAAGAGAGCUGGCUAUUCAAAUAUCAAAAGAUCUUAUACCUGGCCAAGUGCCAUUAUGGGUGAUCCUUCUGAGUGCUUUUGCAGGAUUCCUGCUAUUGAUGCUCCUUAUAUUAGUAUUAUGGAAGAUUGGAUUCUUCAAAAGACCACUAAAGAAGAAGAUGGAAAAAUGAAAUUUCAUGCCAGAGGAAAAAAAUUGCAAUUGUUCAAUGAUCUGUCCUCAGGCUUGCUUCAAAUUUGUGACCAGAAAAAGUCUAAAUGUAAUUAUCAUCUACAGGGUCACAUACCUUUGUUCCAUCAAGGAUUUAAUCACCUAGCGGAGAAAAAAAAAACAACAGAUCAAGAAUGAACCCAAAAGACAACCAUAAAUUUACAUUUGUAAAAUAUCAAGAAAUAUUUUAAAACAAUUACUCAUUUUUGCUGAGUAAUUGAAUGUAUGAUUACAAAAUGUUUUGAAUAGGAAGGACAACCUAUUCAAAUGUGAUUCAGGAAUGAAGGAAAAGAUGUUGUCAGGCUCACGGAAACAUGCUUUGUUUUGUUUUUUUGCUCCAGAAAAAUACAAGUUAGACUUUCUUUCUCUGAACCCAAUGCAAAUCUAGACUUUUAGAGUUUGAAAAUGCAUGUACAUGCCAGGAAAGGGCUGGCUUGCUAGGGUCACUUCCCAUCAUGCACAACUGAUCUCAAGGGAGAGGACGUUCUGUAACAUGGACUCAUGACACAGAGAAGACAAACACAGAAUGAAGCAGGGUCAUACAGCAGGUAGCCUUUAGGUCAAUUUCUGUGCAUGGAAAUAUUUCCCAGGCUGUCAAGAAAGCAAGGUGUCUCCGGCUGAAAUUCUAUCCUAAAUUGAGAAUGAUGCACCGCUAGAAGACAAGCACACUGAAUGGCUGGGUUUAUAAGCUUUCACAAGGCAUACUGACCUUGCAUUUUUGAGCUGUAAGAAUCAAUGUAAAACUUCAUGGUAGCGAAAGAAGCACUUAAAAACAAUUUUUAGUUUUAUGUGUACCUUUAAAAUGUGAUGUGAUUUAUUCCCAAAGAACACAGUGUGAGGGAUAUGCUGAAAUGAGUUCUCAAAAAUGGGAUGUAGUUGGCAAGUGACUAUGAAGUACCUGUUGCACCUUUAUGCAUCUGCUUUGAGUUUUGAGGGACCCUGAACUCCCAUUUUCUAAGGCAGCCCAAAGAAGGAGUUCUCUUAGGUCCUCGGUACAGGGUUGGUCCAAUCCAAAAACUAAGACAGGGUUUUUAUUUUAUUUUAUUUUUGUUUUUUAUUUUGUUUCUUGGGGUUUAUUUUUUCAAAUUCAUUUCUUUUAUUGUGUAAAAGACAAAAUUCCAUUUUAGAAUAAGACCACCAAAAAGUGUUUUCAGUGCAUGAGCUACAUAUAUGUGUGUGUAUAUAUCAAGUAACUACAUCACUAGAAAUAUAUUUAAAGCAUUUUUGUUUGAAAGCUGGCAACAAGAAGUCAUUGCUCCAUGUUUAUCUUCUUUUCUUUUAAAGCAAUUUUCCUAAGGCAAAUAGAGUUAACCAGAACACCAGCUGCCAUGGACAAUCCUUUUAUUUCCUGUCAGUAAUACCAAAUGAACAAAUGCACAGUAGUUGUAACAGUCAAUAAAGUAAUUUAGUAAGUGCCUACUGUGUGUCAGGCACUGUGCUAAGUGCUAAGAAUACAAAGGAAGGCAAAAGAUAGCUCCAGCUAUCAAGGGCUUACAGUCCAACAAGGAAACAAUAUGAAAACAACUAUGUACAAGAAAGUACAUUACAGGAUAAAUGGGAGAGAAUCAAUAGAGAGAAGGCACCAAUAUUAAGAAGGAUCAGGACAGGUUUCUAGCAGAAAAUAGGAUUUUAGCUAGAAUCUGAAGGAAGCCAGGAAGUAUAAAUAAGAAGGGAGAGUGUUCCAAGCAUGGGAAAAUGCCCAGAGACUGAAGAUAGAAUGUCUUGGGCAGGAACUGCAAGGAGGCCAUUAUCAUUGGACCACAGAGUAUGUAGGGAGAAGGGAGGACCAAAGUGUAAAAGACUGGAAAGGUAGGAGACCAGAUUGUGAAGGUCUUUGAAUGCCAAGAAUCAUUCUAUAUUUGAUUCUGGAGAUGAGAGCACUGGUGUUUAUUGAAUAAGGAGGUGACCUGGUCACAGUUACCCAUUAUGUGUGGACUAUACUGUUGCAAAGAACAUACAAGUUUUAAAACAGCUUUCCAGUUGUUACCACACCCCAUCUAGUGUGAUUUACUAGAAUAAAAACUCAAUCGACCAGAACUUAGUACCUAAAGAGGAGCUUCAGUUAACCAGCAUUUUUCUAUGGUCAUUUCUAAGGAAAAAUAAAGCAAAUAAGAAAAUAAGCCAAUAGCAGAGAUUACUAAAAAGCUUCAACUUCAAGAUGUUCCAAUUCAAAGUCAGCCCACUUUCCUAACAUUUCCAUAUCUAUACCUGUACUAUGAUUAAUAGUAAGAUUAAUUAUGUCCUCUAGUCUUCCCUUUCUUCACCCCUUAUGCACUUAUUAACACCUCCUCACUCUUGCUGCCCAUAGACACAAUACUUUCAUGGCACCUAAUCAUUGCUCCCAAACCUCCACCUUGUCAUUCCCUUCACGUAUGCCAUACUUUUACUCCAAGAUUACCACUUCCUAUUGAUUCCCUUUUGCUUAUCAAAAUUCAUAUUACUCAGUGUUCUGAUCUCAGCUAAUUCUUAGGCAGAAAUCAAACUGAUAGGGAUAAUUAGCCUCUCAGCCUCAGUUUCCUCAGCUUUAAAAUGAGGUGGUUGGACUAGAAGACUUCUAAGGUCUCUGUCUAGCACUAUAUCUAUGAUUCUAAUUCAUACUAAGGUGAUACUUCAACUUUCCCAUAGGGUGUUUGUGUUUUAAAAGAAAAUGCUUACUGAUCCACUGGAAGAAAGUUUCAGUGGUAGAAUUCCAGAUAAUAUGAAAAAUCCUAAGAGAAGUAUUUAGGAUCUAGAUAACUUCCUAGUGCCCUUCAAGUCAUACAAAGUAUGUGAUUACCUGUUCUUUCUACCCAGAAGUAGUUGCAACCCCAUUUUCAACCAUGGGGUGGAAACAAAAAGUAAUAUCUGUGUACUAAUAAGAACUUCCAUUUUUCCCAUGUUACUUCAUUAAAGCUUUAUUACAUAUAGAAUAUAUGUGCGUGUAUACACACACACACACACACACACACACACACACUAUUCAGAGUUGAGACAGGAACACAGGUCUUCUUAACUUCAAGGCCAGCUCUAUCCACUAUUAAAGUAAAUAAACAAUUAAGUAUGACAUUUUCAUAUUUAAAUACAAAAAAGGUAAAAAUGAAAAAAGGUUUUCUUUGCUCACUUUGCAUAUGAUCUCAAACUUCAUCAAUCCUUUGAUUUACUUUUACAAUAUGGCAGUUAUGUAAACAUUAAUUGAUUACACUUUGAAGUAUGACUAAAAAUUAAGUAGAGAAACAGCAAAAGUAGAUUCCUAAAAAGAUUUCCAUAUAGUCUGUUUACCUGCACAUUAUGUAUGUAUAUAUAGAUAUAUAUGUAUAUAUGUGUGUGUUUGUGUAUGUAUAUAAUAUAUAUAUACACAUAUGUGUGUAUACAUACAUAUAUAUGCAUUUAACUGAAGGACUAAGCAUAUUAAAAGUUGUGUGAGCAGACUGGCUAACAGAAUAUUUUAUUUUAAAAUGUUGCUAGUGUUUUUAUUCAACUGGUUGCCUUAGCUCCAUUUGUGGUUUGCUUUUCAAUUCCUUCCUCAUACCAUAAAUUUUAAACACACUUAAGAUUUAACUGCAUUGUACAAUAUUGACAAUAUUGUGUGUAUGGGACACAUUGCCAGAGCUCAAGUUCCAUAGACCCCAGGUUAUGACCUUAAGUUUGUGUUAAUACAAUUUCUGCACUUAACAAGAAAAAGAAGAGAUGGAAAAUAUAUCUGUGCAAUGUGACACAUAGCUUUCUAGGAUCUACAUGGCUUCAGAGACAUGACUGGGCAUCUGUGUGCCUUGCACAAAUGUCAUGAAAAAUAGAUGAUAACAAAUGCAAGUGUUCUUGGAAAACCACAACAAAUAUAGGAGGAGCUCACCUAGGGGAGAAAAUGAAAAAGAAAAAAUAUUUAUUAGGUGCUUACUAUAUAUAUUGAGCUAUAUACUAUAUAUUAAGCACUGGAGAUAUAAAUAGAAAAGCAAGAUAUCCCCUCUCUCAAGGAACUCACAUUCUAAUAAGGGGAAGGCAUGCAUUCAGGAAGUUUUCAGCUGCAAGUCAGAUGGUAACUUCCUAUUCUGAUUAAUUAUUUUUGUUAACUAGGUGAUAUGCUUGUUUUGAUUUUUUUUUCUGGCUACUGAUGGACUACUGCAAGUGUCUUCCAUUCCCUAUAAAUUUUAGUGUGCAGGGACAAAGUCAAGUCUCCUUGCCCUAAUUUUGGUUCUAAUAGCUACCAAGAAGAAAAACCAUUUGCCUGCCAUGUUCAAGUAUCUCAAGACUUGAUUAUUAUUUGAGAAGGGACAUCCUUGUACCCUGCCAAAGAGUUGUUAGUCAGUUUGGAUUUCUUUCUCAGUGUCCAAAACUAUCAAUUUCAUUCAGCAAACUAACUUCAUGGAAAAUACCACCUCCAAAUGUUCAAAUUUGUUGUGGAUGUGAAUGAAGAAGAAAGAUGCAGGAGAUACAAUGAAUUUUCAAAAAGAAUUCUAUAUUUGAGCUUGAAGAGGAAGAAAGAGGAACAGAAUUAUCCUCUUUUGCCUAAAUUUAGGUUUAAGCAUAGGCAGAGCAAAGAAAUGUUUGCUUAAAAAAAAAAGACCAGGUUGUGAGUUAGUAAAUUUGAGGUGGCACCAAGUGUCUUGAGCAGCCCUGUUUACAGUAUAUGCUCCCAAAUAUUUCUGAGGCCCACAUACCAUUUAUAGGACUGCUCUAAUAAGAUUCUUCACAGUGCUAGCUAGUGCCAGCCAGGCUUUGUCCUUUCUUUGUCUAAUACACUGUAAUCUGCUGCAUUUGAAUUUUAUGUGCAAAUAUAGCCAAAGUUAACAAACUAGUAAUGGCCAAACAGCAGAUCUAGUCUGUAUAUCUUUAUGAUUUUAAAAUAUGCUCUGAAAUAUGCACACUGUUUAAGAGGUAUGGGGCAGGGGGAACGGGAAGGGCUUAUUCUGACAGAUGAUUUUAUAGUAUUUUAUACAUUGUCCUUGUAUUUGUAACUGUUCCUCAUUCUAUACCCUCCCCAGCACACUCCUCUCUUGUCCCUUUUCCUCCACACCUCACCCCUCAAAGAGGUUUUCAAGGACUCGUGUUAUAAUAAAUCUAGGUCUAUUGAAUUUCAAUAAAAUGUGUAUUUUAUUUAAAUUAAAAA